GGCAGAAAGUGGGGAAAAUAAUAAAAAAAUAAUAAAUAGAAUAAAUAAUGAUGAUAAUAAAAUAAAUAAUAAUAAUAAUAAAAUAAUCAACCGGAUUACUUCCGCAUGAUGCAAUUGGGUAAGCAAUCCAGUUGGGUUGUACAUCUGGAGGCACCCAAAUUAUAUAGAUCCUCUUCCCAAUCUCCUACACUCGGUCCUCGUUGAAAAUCGUCUCCUUUCUCUGUCUCUCGAUCGAUCGAUAUUCAAAUUCAGAGACGCGCAAAACUAGCCAAGAUCAAGAAUGGCUUUGAGCGGAGCAGCGCCCCCAAGAGGAAGUGCAGCAGCCGCUGCAGCCAAUCUACGCAGGAGGAGGACGACAAGUGCUGGGGUGGCCGGUGGGGCAAGUGGCACCAUGCUCCAGUUUUACACCGAUGAUGCCCCGGGCCUCAAGAUUUCUCCCAACGUUGUCCUGAUUAUGAGCAUUGGUUUCUUUGCAUUUGUGGCUAUUCUCCAUGUCAUGGGCAAGCUGUACUUUGUGCGCAGGGAGGCUUAAGAAGGCUUCUAUGGGUACAUGUUGGGCUAGAUUUGCUUUUAACUUCUAGGUUAUCUGUGACUCUUUCAGUUGAGUGGGAUACAUAUGGUUUUGAAUUGUUGUUAUUGCGGUUUAGUUAUUCAAGUUUGUUAGGAAAGAAUUAUUUUGGCUCCAUUGUUACCGAUUCGAUGAUCAUCUAAACAAAAUUUCAAAUAAAAUUGCUCAAAUUCUAUUGAA